GAACAGACAAUCCAAAGGACUAGAACUAGCAUCUGUAACUGUUCUCUACUCUUCCAUUUCCCUUGUAGACUUGGUGUGACUUGUGAGUGGGGUGUGUGUGACCCUUUGUCUGCUUACAAAAUCCUACUUCUUUACUCAACAAACUCCACUCUUUUCUUCACCAAAAUUGUGUUGCUUUAGAGAAUUCUAGUGAUUGUGCUUUUGAUCCGAGACAGACAACGGCGAGAGAACAAGUUUAAAGAAAGAUGGGAGAGAAGCCUGAAGUGUUGGAUGCUGUCUUGAAAGAGACUGUUGAUUUGGAAAACAUACCUAUUGAGGAAGUUUUUGAGAAUUUGAGAUGUACUAAGGAGGGACUUACUGCUACUGCUGCACAAGAGAGGUUGUCCAUUUUUGGGUACAACAAGCUCGAGGAGAAGAAGGAGAGCAAAUUCUUGAAAUUUUUGGGGUUUAUGUGGAAUCCUCUCUCAUGGGUUAUGGAGGCUGCUGCUAUCAUGGCUAUUGCUCUUGCCAAUGGAGGAGGAAAGCCUCCGGACUGGCAGGAUUUUGUGGGUAUCAUUACAUUGCUUAUAAUCAACUCCACAAUUAGUUUUAUUGAGGAGAACAACGCUGGCAAUGCAGCAGCUGCCCUGAUGGCUCGACUUGCUCCGAAAGCAAAGGUCCUUCGAGAUGGAAAAUGGAAGGAGGAAGAUGCUGCUGUUCUUGUGCCUGGGGACAUAAUCAGUAUUAAACUGGGAGAUAUCAUUCCAGCUGAUGCUCGCCUUCUUGAGGGUGAUCCGCUCAAAAUUGAUCAGUCUGCUUUGACUGGUGAAUCUCUUCCUGUAACAAAAGGUCCUGGAGAUGGUGUAUACUCUGGUUCCACGUGUAAGCAGGGAGAGAUAGAAGCUGUAGUCAUUGCUACAGGGGUUCAUACCUUUUUUGGGAAGGCAGCUCACCUUGUAGACAGUACAAACCAAGUGGGACACUUUCAGAAGGUUUUGACUGCUAUAGGAAACUUCUGCAUCUGUUCAAUUGCUGUGGGGAUGAUAAUUGAGAUUAUUGUGAUGUACCCUAUCCAACACCGCAAAUAUCGUCCCGGGAUAGACAAUCUUCUUGUUCUUCUGAUUGGUGGGAUUCCAAUUGCCAUGCCAACUGUUCUCUCAGUCACGAUGGCAAUCGGUUCUCAUCGUCUUGCUCAACAGGGCGCCAUUACGAAAAGGAUGACGGCUAUAGAGGAGAUGGCUGGCAUGGAUGUUUUGUGCAGUGACAAGACGGGAACCCUAACACUGAACAAGCUGACUGUUGACAAAUUCCUUAUCGAGGUAUUUGCCAGAGAUGUUGAUGCAGACACUGUAGUUCUAAUGGCAGCUCGAGCCUCUCGAACAGAGAACCAGGAUGCCAUUGAUGCCGCUAUUGUUGGGAUGUUGGCUGAUCCAAAGGAGGCACGUGCUGGCAUUCGUGAAAUACACUUCCUUCCUUUCAAUCCAACUGAUAAACGGACAGCACUUACUUAUCUUGAUGGUGAAGGAAAAAUGCAUAGGGUCAGCAAAGGUGCACCGGAACAGAUUCUACAUCUUGCACACAACAAGUCAGAUAUAGAACGUAGAGUUCAUGCAGUGAUUGAUAAGUUUGCUGAGCGGGGUUUGCGCUCGCUUGCUGUGGCAUAUCAGGAAGUUCCAGAGGGAAGAAAGGAGAGCGCUGGGGGACCAUGGCAGUUCAUUGCUCUCCUACCUUUGUUUGAUCCACCUAGGCACGACAGUGCUGAGACUAUAAGGAGGGCUUUAAACCUUGGAGUGAAUGUCAAAAUGAUCACAGGGGAUCAACUGGCAAUUGGAAAAGAAACUGGGCGCCGUCUGGGUAUGGGUACAAAUAUGUAUCCGUCAUCUGCUCUAUUGGGACAGACUAAGGAUGAAUCUAUCUCUGCUUUGCCAGUUGAUGAACUUAUAGAGAAGGCUGAUGGUUUUGCUGGUGUUUUCCCUGAGCACAAAUAUGAGAUUGUAAAGCGCUUGCAAGCUAGGAAGCAUAUCUGUGGUAUGACUGGUGAUGGAGUCAAUGAUGCUCCUGCUCUAAAAAAAGCUGAUAUUGGGAUUGCUGUUGAUGAUGCCACUGAUGCGGCUCGUAGUGCUUCUGAUAUUGUCCUUACUGAACCUGGUCUUAGUGUCAUCAUUAGUGCUGUUUUGACCAGUCGAGCAAUCUUUCAAAGGAUGAAAAACUACACGAUAUAUGCCGUUUCUAUCACAAUCCGUAUUGUGCUUGGUUUUAUGCUUCUGGCUCUGAUAUGGCAGUUUGACUUUCCGCCUUUCAUGGUGCUUAUCAUUGCAAUUCUUAAUGAUGGUUAGUCUUUUCACCAACAGAAAUAUAUCUGAUACUUAAGCCUUUAAUCCUUCAUCUCGACCUCUAAUAUAGGACGAUAUUAAAAGUAUGGGGUAAGUUUAGAACUGAAAUGUUAUUAGCCUAAUUUUGCUGUAGUUUUUUCUUCCAAUGUGUGCAGCACCUCUCUGGUUAGUAUCUCAUCCGAGUAUUAGUUUCUGCUCACAUCUUUACUCAGUGUGUUGACAUCUAACUACCAAA